GAUAGCGAAGAAGCUGUCCUGAAAAUUUUGGAAAAGUACAGAGCCUCUGCGACCGCUAAUCAGAUGCUUUCCGAUCUACCCAACUCUGAAGUUGGUGGUGCCCUGAAAAUGUUGGCCGUGGCUGCUGCAAUGAGCUCAUCAUCGAGCACGGAUCCUACGCAUCAAUCAAACAGCCAGAUCCAAAAGAUUGUAGUUCAUAUUCAUCGUCAACCCGGGGCCGGUUUGGGACUGAGUAUUGCGGGCGGAGUAGGUUCCGUGCCAUUUCAAGGUUCGGAUCACGGAAUUUUCGUCAGCCGUCUGAAUCCAACCGGGCUUGCGUAUGCCUCAGGACUUCGAUUGCAUGAUAAACUGCUUGAGGUUAAUGGUACCAGUCUGGUCAAUGUCGAGCAUCAAGUCGCUGUUUCUGCUCUGCGGGCUCAGACCAAUGACUUCCGGAUUCUGGUUGCUCGGGAUCCGUCGCUGGUCGGCUUGGACGAGCCAUCUCCCGCACCCGUGUCAAUCCCAUCAAGUACCAAUAGUGCUCUGACUCUCAAUCCCACUCCCAACCCCUUCUCAAUGGCAUCUAGCACCGCUGAUGUGAAACUUUCACGAUCUGAUAGUGGUCCCUCGCACAUUCGCUGUACCAUUCAGCGGGACAGUGCUGGUCUCGGAUUUAGCAUUGUAGGCGGUCGCGGAGCUGUUUCGGUACCGGAUCGUGAACGUAUCACAGUCAGCAAAAUUACCGAAGGUGGUGCGGCUAGUAAAUGUGGCAAUCUAUUCGUUGGCGAUCAGAUAAUCAAAAUUAACGGGAUAGACGUCCAGGAUGCUCGACAUGAUCAAGUUAUUGCACUACUUACUGGAGCUGGAACUAUUGUUGACCUGGAAGUUCUGCGUCCCGGGGCAAAUUCCGCCAAUGGCUUUGUGACCCCGCCCAAUCCGGAGGUAGUGCUUUGUGCUGCCCCGUCGGUUGCGCGCCAGCCCUCUUCCUCAUUUACCGUAUCCGACAAAUACGCAAAAGAGUCCUGGCUGGGUCAUGCCAGUGGCUAUCGCAAUUCACCUCCCGCAGCCGCUGUCAGUUCUGCUUCACAAGCAAUACCCAAUAAUCCUGUGUAUGUGCGUCACGAAAAAGGGAUGGCCGUAGAAAGUGUAACCAUUCAACUGGAUGGUGGUCCUCUUGGAUUAGCAAUCUAUGGUGGAUCAGAUAUCAACUGUCAACCCUUCAGUUCCGAAGAGCCUGGUAUUUUCAUUUCUCGAAUUUCGAACGAGGGAGCAGCGCAGAAUAGCGGUCUUCGAGUGGGUGACCGCAUUCUCCGAGUCAAUGAUGUAGACCUUCGUAAGGCUACGCACGAUGAGGCAGUUGAAGCCCUUAUUCAGCCUGUCAAUGAAUUACAUCUGGAAGUGCGACGUGACCCGACUCCACCGGGUCUACGUGUAAGUUUCUCACCUACGAACGUUAUCCUCGACCCUAACCGAUUUUAG